CAUUAGACGAAUGUUUUCGUGCAAAAGUGGUUGAGUUGUGAGUUGUGAUUAAACUAUUGGUACUCUGAUAAUAGAGAAUUUUCUGAGCAAAAUAUUAUCUAUUUCGAUGCAAUAUGAAACUUAAAAUGGUGUUUAAUUCGUUGCUGUGUUUAAAUCAAAGAUCGGACAUCGGUAUGAAAUAAUUACGUCAUUCGGAAGUCACCCUUUUACAAGUACACGUAUUGGUAUUCGUCGGAAUCGGUGGGAAAAAAUGGCAUAUCAAACGCUUCUUCAAGAAUAUUUGCAGAUGCCCGUCGUCACCAGGGCAUAUACGACUGCCUGUGUUAUAACUACGACAGCUGUGCAAUUAGAUCUAGUAUCUCCAUUUCAACUGUAUUUCAAUCCAACUUUGAUCAUAAAACACUUCCACGUAUGGAGAUUAAUAACGACGUUUUUAUACUUCGGCACGAUCGGUUUCAAUUUCUUUUUCAAUAUGGUAUUCACGUAUAGGUAUUGCAAAAUGCUGGAAGAAGGUUCGUUCAGAGGAAGGACCGCAGAUUUCGUUGUUAUGUUUAUAUUUGGAGGUGUUUGCAUGAUUUGUUGUGCAUUUUUUACUAAUUUAUUAUUCUUAGGACAAGCCUUCACUAUAAUGUUAGUUUACGUUUGGGCUAGAAGAAAUCCUUACUUGAGGAUGAACUUUUUUGGAUUAUUGAAUUUUCAAGCACCGUAUUUACCUUGGGUUUUAUUGAUAUUUUCCGUAUUAUUAGGCAACACAGUGAUCGUUGAUUUCUUAGGAAUGGGUGUAGGUCAUUUGUACUUUUAUCUCGAAGACGUGUUCCCAAAUCUACAAGGCGGUUUUCGUGUUCUCCGCACUCCGAAUUUUUUGAAAGAAAUCUUCGAUGGUCGUCCGACUGAUCCCGACUAUCAUCCUUUACCAGAAGAUGACCGUCCAGGUGGUUUCAAUUGGGGCGCCGCUGAUCCUCAAUGAAAAUCGUGGAUUACUUCGUCAUAACAGUGGCGAUUUCAUUUCCUAUCUAGUGAUUUUGAUUUGCUAAUGCGAGUACAACAUUUUUAAGUAUAAAGGUUACCACGAUCAUUUGUUGAGAUUAGAAGCUGAUGAAAUGUCAGCAGCUGCUGAUGAACGCAUUUAUGUAUUAUUGUACAGCAAUAGUCGUCGUCGUUUAUUGUUCAACAGUUUUAUACCUACUAAUUUAAUCGAUAUUUUCAACGUGUUUUCAUAUUGUGAUUUGAAAGCUUACUCGUGUGUGUGGAUUGUUUUUCUUUUUCUCUCUUUUUCUUCCUUAUUCUUUCUUCCUUUUUUUUUGUUUUCGAGAAAUAAGAGACGAGAGAUUUAUUGUGUCAAAGAGUGCUUUAUUUGUAUUUUAAAAUAGAUUCAUUUACAACAUGUUAA